AUGUCUUCCCCCAGCGAAUUGUUUGAAGGUUUGAAAGUCGAUUUUAGGGAAGAGCUGGAGGCGGAAGAUAUUUAUGGUUCCGAAAACUCUGAAGGGUUUGAGCGACUCUUUGAGAGGAGCGAAAAAUGUAAACGGAAUGUAACACAGCUUUCUACUAUUCUCCAAUCUCUUAUCUUUCAGGAGAACGAAAUUGAGACUGAAGGUGAACUUGAGGCUAUUAUAGAAUACAUUGUGGGCACUGGUUUAUAUGGCCAGAGUAGCAGUCUUGAGGCCAAGGAGUUCAGAAAGAAGAUUCGCGCCUCGUUUGAGUAUGAAUGGCAUGAGUUUCAAAAGGAGAACUCUUCCAUCUCCUCUUCUCGGGCUAUGCGUACUUUGCCAUAUCGCUUUUCCCUGCCUUCUCUCGAAAAAGCACAGCUUGAAAUGCUGACCGAGUUGAGUUCAAGAGGGAUGAGUAACGGGAGCUUGGGUACGGUUUUGCUUCGUAUCUGGUACAUAGAUCUUGUUGGUUGUACCUGCUCCACAUUGCGGGGAUUUCCGUUUGACAUGAAGGCUUCAGAUGCAAUACUGAUCACAAUGGAACGCUUGUUUUUGAUUACAAAUUUUGACAAAAGUAAAAGCCAAGGAAUCAUGUACGUUUUCAAAAUACAGGGACGAAAGGAAUACGUUUAUGGGGAUGAAAUAUUGAUUAAUUUUUGCUACAUAAGGGACAGUGUGACACAGCAGCGGGAGGUAAAUGUGGUUGUUGAGCCGCAUGAGAAGACACUUCUAACUGACCCUAUAUUUGUGCCUUCGUACUCGUACUUCAGCAAAACCAGUGAUGAACAUCACCAUGUUUAUUAUAAAAGUGAAUCUCCCGAUGACAUCUCCACAGGAAUCAGUGUUUGGGAUAUUGAAGGUAAAUUGGUAGUCAAAAUUGGAGAGAAUCUCUGUAAUCUUGUCUUUACUUCGGAGAGAGCAAAGGAAGAAGGUGUUCGCGAAGGCGAUUUAUUGUAUCUUGCAAUGCUUGUAGAAGUUUACCAUGGUGCCAAAUUGGUUUGUCGACCUCAGAUGACUAAGUGGACAGUGUGUAAUGAUUUGGUUGCGUCGAAUGAGCUUAAUACUUCUUCCUCCGUUAAUUGGGGAAAGGAAACGAAACUGACGUUUGAUAUACUAGUUUCUAAUGCCCCUCGAGAAAUCAAAUUGUGUAUUAGUCUGUUGGCCACCUGUGGGGAACGCUUUUGUAGUGUGAAUUCUCUCAGCGCUGAAGAAAUUGUUCAAAAAGCAGAGGAGCGUAUUGGUGUAAAAAAGAUGGAGGAAUGUCAUCUGAGUCCCGUAUUCUUUUUAGGGUAUGCGUCUGUCCAAGUAUUUGACUAUAUGGCUUGUAUGCAGACAGGAAAGAUAGAUAUGCGUCUUUGGAGCACAAAGAAAAAGGCAAACCCAAUGUGUCCUAUCCCAAAGAAUUCCAAUAAAAAUGAUAUGGGUUUUUCUUUGAUCUUUCCUAGUUUUAAUAAACCCGUGGUGAUCCCGAACGUUGCACCUCCAGAUUCCAAAAGGCGUGACUGGGAACAGCAACUUCUUGAUAGUGAUCUUUGCCUUGUUGGAAAUUUGAGAGAAAGCAAAAUUGAACAGUUAAGACAGUUAAAGCGAAUCCUUGCAAGUGACCCACUGACUGAACUUACAACAAUUGAUAAGGUGCUUCUCUGGAAACAUCGAGGAGAACUCAUUUUGCGUCCGAGGGCACUUGCAAAGUUUCUUCUUGCUGUUAAUUGGCUUCGGCCUUAUGCUGUAUAUGAGGCUCAUACUAUUUUACCACAAUGGGCUCCUCUUCAACCGAUGGAUGCGCUUGAAUUACUAGAUAUAAGAUAUGUGGAUAUCGUUGUUCGAGAGCAUGCUGUAAAGUAUCUGAACGGUAUGACAGAUUACGAACUCAAAGGGUGUGUUUUACAAUUGGUACAAGUUCUUAAGCAUGAACCCUAUCAUGAUUCCGCUUUAUUUAGAUUUUUGUUGAGAAGGUCAUUACAAUCGCCGCAUAUGAUCGGCCAUUAUGUUUUUUGGUACCUGGUUUCAGAGAUGGAGAAUACAUCCGUUUCUGAACGCUAUGGACUUCUAUUGGAAGAAUUGAUCCGUCGCAUGCCAGAAAGAAAAGUUUAUUUGCGUCAAUUGUAUUUAGCUGAUCAAUUGUUUGAAUGUGCGAUGCGUGUUAAAGAUGCGCCGAAAAAGGAUCGCAUUGACUGUCUUCGAGAGCAUCUUCAAGGCUUGCGUUUGCCACGCCGCUUUACCCUCCCCAUAAACCCGGCAAUGGAGUGUAGCGGUCUCGAUAUUGGUAAGUGCAAAGUAAUGGAUUCAAAAAAAUUUCCUCUUUGGCUUGUAUUUAGAAACUAUCAAGAAGAAGGUGAUCCUUUUUACGUGAUUUUUAAGGCAGGGGAUGAUUUGCGACAAGAUUUGUUUACUCUUCAACUUCUUGAAUUGAUGGAUUCCCUUUGGAAGUCUUGUGGGUUAUACCUCCACAUCAUUCCUUAUGGGUGCAUUACUACUGGAGAGGGAGUCGGAAUGAUUGAGGUUGUUCUUAACAGUGAUACUGUUGCAAACAUAACUCGCAAAUAUGGUGGUGCACAAGCUGCCUUCCGUGAGGAACCGCUCAUGAAUUGGCUAAGGCAGUUUAACCGGGAAAGAGACGAAGUGGAAAGAUGUCUCUGGAAUUUUAUUUGCAGUGUUGCCGGAUAUACUGUAGCAACAUAUGUUUUGGGUAUCGGUGAUCGUCACAAUGAUAAUAUUAUGCUUCGCCAGGACGGAACCCUUUUUCAUAUUGAUUUUGGUCAUUUCUUGGGAAACUUUAAGACGAAAUUCGGUAUUAAAAGGGAAACUGCGCCUUUUAUUUUUACACCAAUGUACGUCUAUAUGUUGGGAGGACAAAGUAGUCCUAUUUAUUUGUAUUUUGUGGAUCUGGCAUGUCAUGCCUUUAACGUUGUAAGACGUUUUGGUGGUACGCUGAUGACUCUCUUUAUGCUAAUGCUUUCGACAGGCAUACCAGAACUACAGAAGAUUGAGGACAUUGGCUGGCUAAGAACUGUUUUGCUUAUUGAUCGUUCAAGUGAGGAGGCAAGGGAACAUUAUCGGCUUCAAAUAGCCCUUGCUACGAGCAACUUUCGUACUCUGUUCAAUGACUAUAUUCAUAUUAUGACACAUUAG